ACCAAGUCCACACACCUCCAAGCCUCCAACUCCUUCCCCCCCAAAAGAACCAUGGCGCCUACCGCAGCUUGACGAACCAAACGUACCCGCGCGCGCACAAACAUGGCCGCGCCGUGCCCGCCGCGGCGGCCCAUCUCGGCUCCGUGCUUCCUCAUCUGCUUCCUCCUCGGCUUCGUCGCCGGCCUCUUCCCCUUCGCGCACCGUCACCUCCACCUCGACCUCCACCUGCCUCUCCCACCCGCUCCGACGGCCGUCAUGGAGCCCUUCCGCAACCCUUCCCCGCUGCCGCUACCGCCGCCCGGCGACCAGUCCCCACUGCCGCCGUCCCGCGACCCGUCCCCGCAGCCGCCGCCCGCGCCGAUGGCUACAGAACGGAAGCUGCUUCUGGUUGUGACGCCAACCCGCGCCCGCCCGCUCCAGGCCUACUACCUGGGCCGGCUCGCGCACACGCUCCGCCUCGCUCCAUCCCCGCUGCUCUGGCUCGUCGUCGACGACGGCGCCGCCUCGCGCGAAACGGCCGCCCUGCUCCGCGGCUGCGGGGUCAUGUAUCGCCAUCUAUCCUCCCCCGACGCGCUCCAGGAACCACCCCAGCGCACGCGCUCGAGGCAGCACAACCGCGUGCUGCAGCAGAACGCGGCGCUCGACCAUAUCGAGCACCACCGCAUCCACGGCAUCGUCUACUUCGCCGACGAGAGCCACGUCUACUCCCUUGACCUCUUCCGCCAUCUUCGCCAGAUAAGGAGUUUCGGCACCUGGCCUGUCGCAAUGCUGGCUGCGGGGAAGAGUAAGACGAUACUGCAAGGGCCCGUGUGUAACGGGAGCCGGGUGGUCGGGUGGCAUACGAAUGAGAAGACCAGGAGGCUGCGGAGGUUCCAUGUGAGUAUGUCAGGGUUUGCUUUCAACAGCACCAUGCUUUGGGAUACCAGGAAGAGGGCUCAUCAGGCCUGGAAUUACAUCCGGCUGCUGGACACAGUCAAGGAGGGCUUUCAAGAGACGAAAUUUAUAGAGCAGCUUGUAGAAGAUGAAACUCAUAUGGAGGGCAUUCCACCUGGUUGUUCAAAAAUCAUGAAUUUUCAUCUUCAUCUAGAAGACAAAGGUCUUGUAUAUCCAAAGGGGGGGCAACUGACAAAAAACCUGGAUGUAGUUAUUCCUCUGAAUCACGAAGUAAAGCACACGCACAAAUUCAAGCCAAGGUGAACUAUGUUACCUUCUCCAUGUACUCCCUUCCCUUCAGAAAGAGAUUGGGAACUGAAAUUAGAAAGAGUUUGCAGGUGAGCAAUUGAGUAUACCUUUUCCUUCUCCAUGUACUCCCUUCGGCUGUUCGGCACCUCGUUGUCUUACGCUAGCUAAUUGUAGUCGUAGCUUCAGAUAAGUUUCAGUAAAAGGAAAUUGCAGUUUAUCUGUUGUUCAGAGUAAUUACAGUAAAGUGAGAGUUGUUAAAAGAGAUGAUAUGUACGAAACAAACUCAAUCCAUGCAAAAUGGAUUAAGUCUGAGGUUAUCAGUUGUUAGAACGAAAACAUAGACAGCUAAAAAGAUUUGUAACUAAGACAUGUGAUUUUUUUUAUUUGGCAGCCAUCUCUUGCACCCACUCAAUCCAACUUUUCCUGCACAAAUAUCUAUAUUGAAAAGCAUAACAUAAUUCAUCUAUACUUCUUUAGUUUAGCUAACGAGUAAUAUAAAAAGGGAGGAAUGUAGAAAUGAGAAGAAGAAUAGAAGCCAUUACCUAUCUGUACAUGGAUCUUUUCUAACUCCUAAAUUUCAUAGAUCAAGUAUAUACGUAGGCUGCAUGCAAUCGUCUCUACUGAAAACACCAGAAUCCAUUCAGGACUGGUUCCCCUGUAUUUCAAAAUUGUAAGGGCAGGAAAACUAUUGUAGAUGUUAUGCUUUGAUAAGCUAGAGGGUAAGCUUUCUUCUAGAUUAGUAAAUAUAAGAACAAAAAACUUCCUGCUACCUGUUUCAAGAAUGUGAAUUCCAUAGCAUCAGGGCUUAAUUAUAUAAUAGCUGAACAAAAUUAAGGGUUCUUUCGAUGUAGUAUCUUGUGCAUUUUCUGCAGCAAAUGCAUGCUAGGAUACAUACAGUGAUACACUUACCAGGUCAAGGAUCGAUGCAGACGUUUAGGUUGAAGUGUUAAAACGACAAACGACAGGUGCAAUGCAAUUAAACCUUCCGGAUCACACACUUGGAUUCAUCUGAAAAAAAAAUCAUCACAGUGCACAGUAGUUCUGAAUUUCUGAUGUUGAAACACAUGAUGUUCUCAUAAGGAAUUACCUCACAAAUAAACAAAUCUCCCAAUAUAUAUUUAAUACCAUUUAAUUUUAUCAAGCUUACAGAAAAGCAGGAAAGAAUUAACCAACCAACUUAACCAAAAUUUCCUUCAAAAUCUGAUCAUGAGCUGCCCUUUUUGUUCCUAUUUUGUGGGGCAGCGGUCUGGAUGCCUGAGAAGAAGCAGAGGACAGCGGAGGCUCUUCGUUAGUUAUUCUCUGGCCGUGCCGCCAUCGCCAGCAGCCGAGUCUGGCUCUCAGCUGGGUACUCCUUCCAUAGGAUCGUUUAAGCCUUGUGGG